UUCCGGUGAAGAAAUACGAAACUGAGGCUUCCGAUAAGGUGGUUUACCGCUCCUCUUUCAACGAUGACGGAAGGCGCAAGUUUCAAACAGCGCACCAUCCAGAUAAUACUGCAAGAAUUUUUCAGAGAUGAAAAAACAAAAAUAACCACAGAUGCUGCUGCUUUAGUUGUUGAGGUGAUGAACAUAUUUGUGUCGGAAGCAGGAUUUCGAGUCCUCAAGGAGGCAAAGACCGAUGAUUCAGAUGAGGUGACCAUUGAACAUUUUGAGAAAAUACUACCACAGCUGUUGUUGGACCUGUGAAGAACAAACCCAGCUGCCUGCUAUAUGCCUUAGGAUAUUUGUAACAGAAGACACAUGGAGAUGGGACAGAACAAAGAUAAUAGUCGUAGUUGAAUUUUCUGACUUUAAACUGAAAAAUAAAACUAUCAUGUAACUGAUG